GAAAGGUCAAUACCACCGGCUCAGAAAACAUCAUCUGAGUAAACAAAAACAGGAAUUUCCAACACCAAGAAGAAGAAGAAGAACAGGAAUUUCCAUCUCUUUAGCCCCAUAAAACACCCAAGAAGAAGAUCUCUUUUGAUAUAACGGAGAAGUAUCUACCACUGACGGGGCUCUGGAGGUCGUGGUCCCACAGCCCAACUAGCCCCAUAAAACACUCCAAAAGAAGAUGAGGGCAUAAAACACUUAAGAAGAAGGAUAAAAAAAGAAAGCAACACCACACAGAACAGAACAGACCAGAAUGAAACACUGAAGAAGGAUAAAAAAGAAGACAACACCAUACAUAACAAAACACUACACAACACAACAGACCAGAAUGAAACACUGAAGAGGGAUAAAAAAGAAGACAACACCACAAACCAGAACACUACACAACACAGAACAGACCAGAACAGCAGGACACAACACAACAGAAUACCAGAACACCACAGCACAGCAGGAGGAGGGGGAGGACCUAAGAAGCGAUACAAAGCGUUACAGGUCAAAAGAAGAAGGACAACAGAACAACACUACGUAGAACAGCAAAACAGAACAACACAGCACAGCAGGAUGGACGUUAUAGAGGGCGUGAGCGUGGGCCCCAUGACCCCUGAGUCCCAGUUCGUGCGGCCCCUCAGGAUGUACUACAAGCAGAACAAGGUGGACAAGGUGUGGGACUUGGUGAGUCUGCACGACAGCGUCUGCGUCAUCCUCUUCAACACAGACCGCCAGAAGGUGGUCCUCGUCAGGCAGUUCAGGCCAGCCGUGUACUACAAUGGGGUAUCGGUGGAGGAGCGGCAGGCAUUAGGCGGCUGCGUGGACACCGCCAAACACCCUGGGAAGGACGGCCUGACGCUGGAGCUGUGUGCCGGCAUCGUGGACAAGCAGCUGAGCCUGGCAGAGGUGGCACAACUCGAGGCCCUUGAGGAGUGUGGCUACAAUGUCCCCGUCGAGAAGUUUGAGCACGUGAAGACCUGCAGGGCCGGGGUAGGAGUGUCGGGUGACCGCAUGACAAUGUUCUAUGCGGAGGUGACGGAUGCGAUGAAGGAGUCGGAAGGAGGUGGCUUGGAGGCGGAGGGCGAGAUGAUCGAGGUGGUGGAGAUGGGGCUGCCGGAGGUGAAGGAGUUCCUCGCCGCCCCAGAGGUCACCGCCCCAUCUGGCCUCCUCUUCGGGCUCACCUGGUUCCUCUACAACAAGGCCCCCGGCGUCUCCACCUCCACCACCACCACCAACACCUAGCCUGUCACCACCACCACCGAUACUAACACCAUCAACACCACUGCCACCUAGUCAAUUGAACCUCUGUCACCACCAGUAGUUAGGAGGGCUGGUUUAGUGCCCCUCACACCUAGCUCACCACCACCAUCACCACUCUUCCUCUUCUUCUUCUUCUUCUUCUUCUUCUCCUUCGUUUAUAAGUCCAUAUUUAUUUAUCUUUUUUUUUUUACAAGGGCAACAAAGAGUGCAGAAAAAAAAAGCCUGCUACUCACUGCUCCCACAACAGAGAAAAGUAAAGGGUGGCUAUAAGAGAAAUGCAUCAGUCUCCCAUUACAAUUCCCCAAGGCCACAGGGAAGAUUAACCGGGUUUUCAUGGGUGUCUUUUCCAUUCAGGGCGCAGAAGUCAGGUAAAACUAUCACCAGCAUCACAAAACAGUCCGUGAAAAACUCAGCAGCAACUUCUGCGAGAGGCUUUUCAAACUGGCAAAGUGGAGCGCCGAGAUGUCUCAAAAUCCGAGGUUUAGUCUAUCUUCUAUUCUUGGGGUCAGACUUGCGAUUUCUCCUUCUCCAUCUUACUCGACCUAGUGCUAAUCCUUCCUCUAUUUCUAACACUUUUCUAACACUUCUAAGGGCCACUUUUACAGUCCAAUACAGGAAGUUUGUUAGCUCCCCAACCAAACUCAAAAUACAACAAAAAUUCCCUGUAACUCGAGAGGAGGGAAUUUUAGGAAACUACAACACGGGAAACCUCUUUAUUAGUACCUGGUAUUGAGAGGCUUUUUGAAUGGGUGAAGUGGGGCGCAGAGAUGUCUCAAAAUACGAAGUUUAGUCUAGCUCCUAUUCUUGGGGUCGGACUUGUGAUUUUUCCUUCUCCAUCUUGCUCAACCCAGCGCUAAUCCUUCCUCUAUUCUGAACACCUCUAAGUCUUGUUGCACCACCAUUACUAUUUCAAAACUCACCACUAUCACCACUAUAUCAUUACUCACCACCACCACUAGGCCAACAUUCCUCUCACUACUAUAGUCAGGCCAUUUUAGCGAGUCCGUUGAGGCGUUGCAUUGGCUUCCCUGAGUCCUUUCCUCCCCUCUGCUCUGCCACACAGUCCCAACACCUAUCACUUUCUCUCAUAUGCUAGCUAUGGGUAAGAUAUGAGGGGAAAAAAUAGGUGUUGGGGCUGUGUGGCAGAGCAGAGGGGAGGAAAGGACCUGCGAAAAUCAAUGUCUUAAUGGUCUCCUUCAUAUGGUUUGACUAUACUAUGUCUACCUCCUUGUAUGUGAAAGAGAGAACGAAGUGUGACCAUGAGCUUGUGUAAGGAAUAAAUGUGGAAUCUGCGAGUGGAUGUAAGAGCGACGCAAGUGGAGACAGGUGUGUGUGGAAGCCUUAAAGUUGUGAUAUAUUUAAGUGACGAUGUAAAGAAGUGCGCCAAUGAUGGAAGUGAGAGAAAAAGGUCCAUAUUCUCAGACACUUUCGUUCGAUUAGUCGGGUUCUCAUGAGUAGUUUUUCACGUUCAUGGUGCAGAAGCCUUGUCAAACUAUCACUACACUCAUGAAACUACUAACACAACAACCUCUGCCAAAGCCUUAACAACUGUCGGUGUGCAGAAUCCUUGUCAAACUACCACCAGGCUCAUAAAACUACCCCUCAUGGAAAUACAAACACCACAUCUACCAAAGCCUUAUCAAAUGUGGGUAUGUAAAAGACACCAAACUAUCACUAGGCUCAUAAAUCUACUCAUGGAAAUACUAA